UUAAAAUAGUUACGCGUGAGCCGGCGACGCGAGCGCACGUCUCCGUAACGUUAUCAAACAUGGCUUUGAGGUUAUACUUGUUUUUAAUUUUUGCCGGCUUCGUCGCGGCGCAGGGUCCGAACCCUGUAGUCAGGGUGGCCCAUGGUUUGAUACAAGGGACAUGGAAGGUGUCCACUAAAGGCCGGUCCUUCGCCAGUUUCCAAGGAGUGCCGUAUGCGAGGCCGCCGAUAGGAAAAUACCGAUUCAGAGAGCCUCAGCAGAUGAAACAAUGGACUGGUGUGUGGGACGCCACCAAGCCUCUACCGGCUUGUCUCCAAUAUGAACCGUUCAAGAAGUCAAUCGUAGGUAGCGAGAACUGCCUGUACGUGAACAUAGCGACUCCGAAGCUGAAUCCUGGCGCAAACCUGCCCGUCUUAGUGUUCAUCCAUGGCGGUGCCUUCAUGUACGGCGAGGGAUCAUUCUAUGACCCCUCACACAUCAUGGACACUGACAUGGUGGUGGUUACCCUCAACUACCGACUGGGACCUCUAGGGUUCCUCAGCACCGGCGACACCAUAGUUCCAGGCAACAACGGCCUGAAGGACCAGUCCUUCGCCCUCCACUGGAUCAAGAACAACAUCAUGAUGUUCGGCGGCAACCCUGACAGCGUCACUCUGAGCGGCAGCUCUGCUGGAGGCGCUAGUGUGCAUUACCAGUUUCUGUCACCAUUGUCUAGAGGCACAUUCGCCAGAGGCAUCGCUUACAGUGGUUCGGCUCUAGCGCAAUGGACGCACUCCAUCAAGCCGGUAGAGAAGGCCAAGGCGUUAGCAGCCAUUGUGGGAUGUCCCACCACAACAAACAAGGAGAUGGUGGACUGCCUGAAGUACCGGCCAGCUGAAAUGAUCGUGAACGCGCAAAUUGAAAUGUUUGAAUGGAAAGUGCACAUGUUCACCCCGUUCAUACCCACUGUGGAGGCUCCGGGAGUCAGGGAGCCUUUCCUACAGCAGUACCCGUAUCACGCCACCAGGGCCGCGGCCAUGAUGAACCUGCCCCUCAUCGCGUCUGUAGCUUCGGAAGAAGGAUUAUACCCUGCAGCUGCUUACCAGGCUGAGCCCGGACUUCUUCAAGACCUAGAAGCCCAUUGGGACCAGCUCGCGUCCAACAUCUUCGAGUACAACGACACGUUACCGCUGAGCCGCCGCGCUGAAGUAGCUGCUAAGAUUAAACAGCACUAUUUAGGCGGAAAACCUGUUUCCCAGGAAACAUACCCUCAACUUGUCCAGGCUCUAGGAGACCGUCACUUCGUGGUGGCAGUGGGCAAGCUAGCAGAGUUACAUGCAGUGAAAUCUGGGCAGCCGACCUACGUCUACCGGUACGCCUACCGCGGCAAGACCAGUCUGUCCAACUUGAUGGCUGGAAACGAUGCUGAUUAUGGUGUGAGCCACGGAGACGACGUGCUUUCAAUGUUCAACUACCCCUCCGUAGGAAACGAUAACCCUCAAGACUUAGCCAUGGUUGAAGGCCUUAUCCACAUGGUUUACAGUUUCUCCACCACUGGCACUCCCAAACUGACCAACGAUGGACCUGAAUGGCUGCCAGUGACUCCUGGAGCAGCUGAACUGAAUUACCUGGACAUUACAUCUCCGACCAAGAUGGAAAUGAAGACCAGUGCCGACUUUGGACAGAAAGCCUUUUGGGACAGCCUUGGUCUCAACGAAAAUGAGAAUUACCGGGAGUAUGCGAGAGACGAACUGUAAAUCUAUUAACUUAAUAUCGAUUAUAUUAUAAUUUGAUAUUAGUUUUUUUUUUAAGUUUAUAUAUUAUUUUUGCAUUUUAUGUCACUUGUAUUUGAACUGAAAUAAAUGUAUUUU